CGGGUGAGAUCCAAAAAGGCCUGUGACAGUUGUCGACAGCGGAAGCGCAAGUGCGAUGGAAACCGUCCCUGCGGCACAUGUAUGCGCUACGAAUAUGAAUGCACCUAUCCCAAGACCAAUCGCCGAAAGCAUGCAACAAUUACAAACGAUCCGACCUCACCUCCUGUUGCAGAGGGGCCUGGAUCUUAUACUGCGCUCUCGCCGGUGAGCUCCGAGAAGCCCCCAAACCCCGGGGAAGGCCACAAUGACGGGACAUUGGAGCAAAAAAGCGACUCCCAACCCUCAGUUGCACCUCGGGAUAUGACACAGUAUAAAUGCAGAUUUAUUGGACCGGGCAGCGCUGUUGCUUUUACGCGUGAUGUUGGGGUUGAUUUGCAGUUGAGCAGUGUCCCAAGAUUACAUUCGUACGCUUGGAAUACUGGCAUGAGGCUGGAGAACAUUCCUCGAAUAGAUUCCCGCAUCACCACUCUAAUAUCGCUUGAUUGUUGUCAACGCUUCUCGAGCGCCUAUUUUCAAGCGGUGAACCCUCUUUUUCCUCUCCUGGACGCCGAACAGUAUGCGACUCAAUGCGCUCAUCAUUGGAGUCGAGCAAAUGCCGGAACUGAUUUUGAGGCCGUAGUCAGUAUCGUUAUUGCGCUGGGCUCUUUGUUUUCGCCACAGAUGCCCUGUCUUGCUGAGGCAGAACUCGUCGGACAUGCUCACACAAUUUUGGAUGCAGCCAUAUCGCAACCGCCAACGACGCUAUCCUUAUACAUUGUGAUCGGAUGGAUCUUGCUCUCACUAUAUCAACGCCUUACCACGCGUCCUACUAUAUCGUGGAUGUCGAUCAACAUAGCAAUGCACCUUGCCGAAUCGACGGGAUUACAUCAAGAAAUCGUUUCCGUUCAAAACGAUAGAAAUGUACCGCCCAGAGUACUCGAACCAGAAGAACUUGAAACUAGACGCAGGGUCUUUUGGGUAGCGUGGUCACUCAACCGAUUCUUCGCAGGUGAAAUGGCCCGAUCAAGAGUCAAACUUAACAAUAUUCACUGCUUGAAACCUGCGCAAAAAGAGGGUGAUUUCGUUAACAAACUUAUAUCCUUGACUGAAUUGAUACCCGACAAUGUCGGAUACUCGGUCAACAACGACGUUGAAGCGGAUAUGAAAACGCUUCUAGAAAAGCUGCCUGACCUCGGAGAUGGCCCGCCAAUCUUCUCCCUUCUCAAAGCAGACGUGUGUUUCCAAUGCUACAGACGGCUUCGACUUUUCCGCAGGGGCCUCAAGGGCGAACAGACUGAAUCCAUUUUAGGUGUGAUCCGCAGUUCCGUCGCUGAAGCUAGAAAACUUUGCAAUGAGCAACAGCCUUGGUGGAACAUUCUGAGCACAACCUUUCAAAGUCUUCUUGUUCUCAUCUCUAUCAACACGGCCAGCAGUAUAAGCUUAAUUCCGGACGUAACCCAAGCUCUAGGGGAGAUCGCCGCCGGCUACAAUACGCAUAAUGCCAGAGAGGCACUGCAGAUCUCACAGCAAAUGGUCCGCAAGCUGUUAGAAAGGAAACGCGAAGAAGUCUGUGCAUUGGAAAAUGCCAGC